CAACGGUUAACAUUGUGCCUGCCUGACUCUAAGUCACAUACACACAAUCUGCAUCCUACAGACAGCUAUUGCAUGUCUUUUACAGCCCUCCCACGCAUAUCAGAUCUGAUCCAGAACCUCUCUUCUAAUCCUCAGUAACCACUCCACACCCGCCAACCUCACCACCGCAACCAUGGCUACCGUCAAUAUCCGCCGCGAUGUCACCGACCCCUUCUACCGCUACAAGAUGGAGCGCCUUCAGUCCAAGAUUGAAGGCAAGGGCAACGGCAUCAAGACCGUCAUCGUCAACCUGACCAGCGUUGCCAACUCUCUGGCUCGUCCCCCAGCUCACGUCAUCAAAUACUUCGGUUUCGAGCUCGGUGCCCAAACCAACACUAGCCCCAACGAUGACCGCUGGAUCAUCAACGGCGCUCACGAUGCUAGCAAGCUCCAGGACUACCUCGAUGGCUUCAUCUCCAAGUUCGUUCUCUGCAAGAAGUGCAAGAACCCCGAGACUGAGGUUAACAUCAAGGACGGAAACAUCACGCUUGACUGCAAGGCUUGUGGUAAGAUCUCCGAGGUCGACCCUCGCCUCAAGCUCUCUGCCUUCAUCGUGAAGAACGAGCCUAAGAAGGGCAAGAAGGACAAGUCCACCAAGAAGGCUGAGCGUCGCGCUCGCAAGGAGGCUGAGGCCAGGGGCGAGGAGGUCUCCCAGAACGGUGGCAGUCCUGGAGACAGUGCUGAGGACGACGACAACGGCGACUUCGAGCUCGAUGCCGGCAGCGAUGACGAGCUUACCAAGCAGAUCCAGGAGCGCGCCGAGGACAUUGAGGAAGCCAAGGAGGUUGAAUGGCACAUUGACACCUCCGAGGCUGCCAUCAAGGCUCGUGCUCAGGACCUUCCCGACGAUCUCAAGCGCGCCCUUGUCAUCGAGGGCGAGGAGGAUGCUGAGGCGUCCGAGUACGACGUCUUUGGCAAGUGGAUCAUCGACACUGCUAAGGAGAAGGGUGGUGUCGACAAGCUUGACAGCGUUGAGAUCUACCUCAAGGCCAAGGAGCUGGGCAUCGAGACCAAGCACCGCACUCUGACCGUCAUUCCCCAGACCCUCUUCAGCGACAAGAUCGUCAAGCAGAUCGAGGGACGCGCUCCUAUGCUUCAAAAGCUCAUCACUUCCGAGAAGCACGAGAAGGCUUUCCUCGGUGGUAUUGAGCGCUUCGUAGGCAACGACAAGCCCGAGCUCAUCCCCCAGGUCUCGGCCAUCUGCAUCCAGAUCUACAACAACGAUCUUGUAAGCGAGGAGGUGUUCAAGCCUUGGUGCCAGAAGGCCAGCAGCAAGUACGUUGACCGCAAGGUCAGCAAGAACGUACGCAAGUCUGCUGAGCAGUUCUAUGAGUGGCUCUGCCAGGAGGAUAGCGAGGAGGAGGAGGAGGAGGAGUAGACCACUGUCUUGAGCACGAUGGCGCUGCUACAGCACCUCGAAGCCCGUGUGCUGACUUCUCGCGUUCACGGCUCGAAAGAGUUGUGUGUUCCGAGUAGUGAAUGAAGGAGUGUCGGGGUGUCAAUGAUUGUUUAGCUAGAGGCAUUA